GAGUCAUAAUAUGGGACAACGGCGUAAACUGUUACUAAUAAUAGCAAUGUGGAGCAUGCCAAGGAUUCGUAGAAAAACAACCAGGAACAUAAUUAGGUACACGUAACGAAACAUAGACAUUACAGGACAGAGCAGACCUCAAAAAGACGGGUGUUUGUCUUUAGUCAAGAUCGUUUGAGGCCUCAAUUUCCCUGAAUGCUUUCAGGCAUGGGGAAGCGCCGGAAAAGGAGAAAGUGUUUACUGGUCACCCGCUUACGGGUUUAAAAAACCCCACCUACAUCCAUUACUUGUGGACGAAGCGUAAAUAUAAGGUUUGUACAGAAACAUCCGAAAUGGCUUCAAAUAUUCCAACAGAGGCCCUAGAUAUCCACAACGAAUUGGUGUUAUAUCUUGGAAGACAUAUUGUGGAUACCGAAUUAAAUGAUCUUAAGAACCUGUUCAAAAAUAAUCCAUUAACCCCAGUCGACAUUGCUUCGAUUAAAAACAUCUAUGACCUAUUCGACAGACUUAUGAAAUACGCUAUUAUAGCUGAGGGAGACUACACACAAUUUGUACGGAAACUUAAACUUACAAAUCCAAACCUGGAGAGUUAUGUGACUGAAAAAGAAAACGCUAUUAAAAGGAUCGUUGAUGGAGUCAUAAUUACGAGGGCUGAUCUGAAGUUGAGUGAAAAAGCGAUGGAGAGUGUUAUCCGGCAGGGUAAUGUUGUCCAGAUCGAGGCGUGGGUCCGUGACGGCCUUGACCUGGCCACGUGGAGCGACACUAAUGGUUAUAACAUAUACCACUACUGUGUCGAUGAUGACGCCAGUUAUGAUGCCUUAUGCGUGGCAGAAGCUAUACCUCGUCUCUGUCAAACACACGCUUUCCUUCUGUCACAGGUUAAUAAAUAUAAACCAAGUCGUACCCCUCUUAUGCAGGCUUGUCACUUCAGCGUAAAUGAUGAUGCGUAUCUUCUGGCCCUGUUGGAGCUUUUCAUCCGUCAUAGGGAGGACAUUGAUUACGAAAGACUUCUGCUGGAGUCACGUCGAAACCCAAGGAUGAACAAUUACCUUGCAUGGAGACAGAAAAAUCCAACAGGUAGUAAUUGCUUGUUAAUUUCAAUAGUGAUUAUUAAUUGUUCAAUAAAAAAUGUUAUAUUACUUAAACUGCAAAUGCAUCACCUUUGAUAUUUUUAGCUCACCUGGCCCGAAGAUUUAAAUGUCUAAAAAUCUUCAAAC